AUUUAAUUGAGUAUAUUAAAGAAAAGUACAGUAAGCAUUUAAAUCAUGUAAAGAGCAAAGUCUGUCAAUAAAUUCCUUUUGCAAAUAACUAUAACUGUUGAAAUAACCUUAUCCACUGCUAUGUACUUUUGGCUUCUUCUUUUUCUCCCAAACAGAACACACUUUCCUCAACAUACAAACCAAUUUGAGGAGAGGAAGGGUAGUUUCACUUAAUCAGCAUCUUCUGUCUUUGAAACAUACCAAUCAGUGCAAGUGCAAACAAUUGACAUUAACUUCCCUGGGACCCAUUUGUCUACUCAGACAUCAACCUAUCCAUUUCCAAAUUUGUCUUACUCAACCAAAGAAAUAUGCAAUGUCACCAUUCAUCUUCUAUCCUCCACAAAUCCAAUUAAUAUUUUUUUUUUCUUGGUUCAGAAACAGCCUUUAAAAAUUGCCACACCAAACCAUGUGAUAUGAGCAUCUUAUCCUCUCACUCUCCAUUCAUUACAGCAACAUCAUCUUCAUUCAAUAUACCAAUGGCAGAUGCCAAGAACAAUCCCAAUGCUCAGAUUCUUGAAGAACUAGAGGCUCUGAGUGAAACCCUCUACAAAUCACACACAUCCACCACAGCUCGAAGAACAGCUUCCCUUGUUUUGCCACGAACAACUCCUGUUCCAUCCAUUGAAGAUCACAAUGACAAUCACGCGACUGAAGUUUAUAGUGAAAGCAGUAACAAACCUCGAUCCCGUCGCAUGUCCUUGUCCCCAUGGCGAUCAAGACCAAAGCUUGAGGAUGGAAUUUCCAAGACAGAAACCAAAGAGGUGGUGGUUAACACAUCAACAACUAACUUGGGAGAGAAUGAGAAGAAAGGGAUUUGGAAGUGGAAACCGAUGCGUGCACUUUCACAUAUUGGAAUGCAGAAACUAAGCUGUUUGUUUUCUGUUGAAGUGGUAGCUGCUCAAGACCUUCCUUCUUCCAUGAACGGACUAAGGCUAGCCGUUUGCGUUAGGAAGAAGGAAACAAAGGAUGGAGCUGUUAAGACAAUGCCAUCACGUGUUUCACAAGGAGCUGCUGAUUUCGAAGAGACACUUUUCAUCAAGUGCCAUGCUUAUUAUACCAACAACAAUCAUGAGAAGAAGUUUGAGCCACGUCCCUUUUCAAUUUACCUUUUUGCUGUUGAUGCUCAAGAGCUGGAUUUUGGAAGAAGCUAUGUGGAUUUGAGCGAGUUGAUUCGAGAGUCCGUUGAGAAAAGCCAACAAGGUGCACGGGUUAGGCAGUGGGAUACAAGCUUCAAGUUAUCUGGAAAGGCGAAAGGAGGAGAACUUGUUGUGAAACUUGGUUUUCAGAUUGUGGAGAAAGAUGGAGGAGUUGAUAUAUACAAUAAUACAAAUAACAAUAGCCCAAUGCAGAAUUCUAAGUCCAGCAAGUUGAGUAGUUUGUCAUCUUCUUUCGCACGCAAACAAUCCAAAUCAUCCUUCAGUGUGCCUAGUCCUAGAAUGACAAGCAGAAACGACGCGUGGACUCCUUCACAUUCACAUGAAGGUGGCAGUGCCAUUCAAGGAAUGGACGAUUUGAAUCUUGAUGACCCGAAUCCAGUUCACGAUUCCUCUUCUUCUGUCCAGAAAGUUGAUGACCACAUAGAACAAGUGGAGGAUUUUGAUCUUCCGGAUUUUGAGGUAGUUGAUAAAGGGAUUGAGGUUCAAGAGAAGGAAGAAGAUGAAGGUGAGGAAUCUGAUAAAACCAUAGAAGAGAAACCGGUUGCAGAUGAGGUAGUGAAGGAAGUAGUGCAUGAUCAUGUGCACCAUGCUAGACUGUCUGAGCUUGAUUCAAUUGCUCAACAAAUAAAAGCUCUUGAGUCUAUGAUGGGAGAUGAUGGAAUUAAUAAUUCAAUGAAAAUAGAGGAAGAGACGGAAUCAUUGGAUGCAGAUGAAGAAACUGUAACUAGGGAGUUUCUUCAGAUGCUUGAGGAGGAUCAAGACAGCAAAGGAUACUUAUUCAACCAACCUGAAAUUCCACCUUUACAGCUUGAAGGGCACGAUGAUUCUCCGGAAGAUGGAGGAGAAUCCGAAGUAUAUCUUUCUGACCUCGGUAAAGGCUUGGGUUGUGUGGUUCAAACAAGAGAUGGCGGAUACUUGGCUUCCAUGAAUCCUUUGGAUGUUGUUGUGGCUAGAAAAGAUACCCCUAAGCUAGCAAUGCAGAUGUCAAAGCCUUUUGUGUUGGCAUCACAUGAAUCCGUAAGUGGGUUUGACUUGUUUCAGAAAUUGGCUGGCAUUGGUCUUGAUGAACUUGGCUGUCAAAUUUUAUCCUCCUUGAUGCCGAUAGAUGAAUUGAUCGGAAAAACUGCAGAGCAGAUUGCUUUUGAAGGCAUCGCGUCAGCCGUCAUACAAGGUAGGAACAAGGAAGGAGCAAGUUCCAGCGCUGCCCGCAUAGUUUCUGCAUUGAAAAGCAUGUCAAACAUUAUCAGUUCAGGAAGGAGAGAACGAAUAUCAACAGGACUUUGGAAUGUUGACGAAAAUCCAGUUACUUCAGAGAAGCUUCUUGCUAUAUCAAUGCAAAAGAUUGAAUCCAUGGCAGUUGAGGCAUUGAAAAUUCAAGCUGAUGUGGCCGAAGAAGAAGCUCCAUUCGAUGUUUCUGCACUCAGCUCAAAGAAAGGGGAAAGUGGGAAAGAUCUUUUGGCUUCUGCUAUUCCACUUGAGGAUUGGAUUAGAGACCAAAGCUUAAGCUACAACAAAGGUACUGCACCUGCAAGUUCUAAUGGUGAACCUGAAAGAGUCACGCUGAUAUUGGUUGUCCAACUGCGGGAUCCAAUGAGACGAUAUGAAGAAGUUGGAGGACCUACGAUGGUGCUUAUUCAUGCAACACGUGCUGGCACGAAGGGGGCUAAGGAGGAGGAGAGGAGGUUCAAAGUAACAAGCAUGCAUGUGGGUGGUUUCAAAGUUAGGAGUUUCACAAAUAAGAAUGCAUGGGACAAUGAGAAGCAAAGACUAACUGCAAUGCAAUGGUUAGUUGCAUAUGGGUUGGGAAAAGCAGGGAAGAAAGGGAAGAAGACAUUGACAAAGGGACAAGACCUGCUAUGGAGUAUUUCGUCACGGAUUGUGGCUGAUAUGUGGCUCAAAACCAUGAGAAAUCCCGAUGUCAAGCUUGUAAAGUGAUGAGUUAUGCCAAGGAAACAGUCUUGCAUUCAUGUAUCAUAAAAAGUUUCAUUCAUGUGUCAUAGAAAGUUCAAUAAAAUAGGGUCUGAGACUGAGUGACCCUAUUUGAUUAUUUUCAUUUUGAUAUUUCUUUCUUUUUCUUUAUGCCCCUUUUUGUGUUUUUACAACCUGUUGGUUCAUAUUUGUUGAUCUGGUUCGAUUAUAUAUAGAUAUAAAAGUGUGUACUUUUGCAUUGUCUA